AUGAUCUCUCAUCCUUAUCCACUCGGUACACUCGGUACACAUCAUGAACCCACCUCUCCGCGUAACGCACCGUCCAGAAGUCAGAGUACACGCAGUAUAGCAGGGCGUUUGUCUUAUCGUUCAGCCGCUGGGCGAACGGAGGAAGAAGCUGAGAGAGAGGGGUUUAGGAGGUUGUUAUCUCCUUCACCUGGUGAUCAACCUUCUUCCUCGGAAAGUACAGAAGUAGAAAUCAAACCACCCAAGUCGAGCUCUAUAUUGACGGGGAGAGAUGGUCAUCAUGGUGCCAAGAGAUUAAGGAAAGUAAUCAGGGUUGAAGGUGAUUGGGAUUUGAUCAGGGGAGUGGAUACGGAUGGUUAUGAUAAUAGUGGUAAUCGGACCUGA